GCGUCCAGGGCAGCGCUGAGUGUUCGUGCGGACGGAGCCACUUUACAUGUGCGGUCAGUGCGUUUGGCGAGUGUACCUGCAUCCCGGCCCAGUGGCAGUGUGACGGAGACAACGACUGCGGGGACCACAGUGACGAGGACGGAUGCAUGCUUCCCACCUGCUCGCCGCUGGACUUCCACUGCGACAACGGUAAAUGUAUCCGCCGCUCCUGGGUGUGUGACGGGGACAACGACUGCGAGGACGACUCCGACGAGCAGGACUGUCCUCCCAGAGAGUGUGAGGAAGACGAGUUUCAAUGCCAAAAUGGCUACUGUAUUCGCAGCCUGUGGCACUGUGAUGGCGACAACGAUUGCGGGGACAAUAGUGACGAACAGUGUGACAUGCGUAAAUGUUCGGAUAAGGAGUUCCGCUGCACAGAUGGCAGCUGCAUCGCGGAGCACUGGUACUGUGACGGAGACACGGACUGUAAGGACGGAUCAGAUGAAGAAAACUGUCCCUCAGAUGUGAUGGCAGCCACCUGCAGCGUGGAGGAGUUCCAGUGUGCAUAUGGCCGCUGUAUCCUAGACAUCUACCACUGUGACGGAGACGACGACUGCGGAGACUGGUCAGACGAGUCGGACUGCUCUUCCCACCAGCCCUGCAGAUCAGUGGAAUUCAUGUGCAGCAGUGGGAUGUGCAUCAACGCUGGCUGGAGGUGUGACGGCGAAUACGACUGUGACGACCAAUCAGACGAGAAGAACUGCACCACGUCCAUGUGCACGGCCGACCAGUUCCGCUGUGGAACUGGACGCUGCGUCCGGUUGUCAUGGCGAUGUGAUGGCGAGCCUGACUGCUCCGACCGCAGUGAUGAAGAGGGCUGUGAGAAGACGGAGAGUCCUCCAUGUGCUCCUGAUCAGUUCCAGUGUGGUAAUGGACGCUGCAUCGGUCAGAGGAAGGUGUGUAACGAGGUCAACGACUGCGGAGACGGGACUGACGAACACCCGCACCAUGAUUGCCGUCCACGUUCCAGCGAGGGCAACUGUAACCAGAAUAACGGAGGCUGCUCCCAGAAGUGUCAGAUGGUCAGAGGCCUGGUCCAGUGCACCUGUCACACCGGAUACCGACUGAUGGACGACGGCAGAGCCUGCCAGGAUGUGGAUGAGUGUGCUGAUGAAGGCUACUGCAGCCAGGGCUGUACCAACGCAGAGGGGGGGUUCCAGUGCUGGUGCGUUCAGGGCUAUGAGCUCCGACCUGACAAACGCAGCUGCAAAGCUCUGGGUCCGGAGCCUGUGCUGCUGUUCGCCAACCGCAUCGACAUCCGUCAGGUUCUGCCGCAUCGCUCCGAGUACACCCUGCUGCUCAACAACCUGGAGAACGCCAUCGCCCUGGACUUCCACCACGCACAAGAGCAGGUCUACUGGUCUGACGUGACGCUGGACCGCAUCAUGAAGGCCAACCUCAAUGGCUCCAAUGUGGAAGAGGUGGUCUCCACCGGUCUGGAGAGCCCAGGUGGGCUAGCCAUAGACUGGAUCCAUGACAAGUUAUACUGGACAGACUCGGGGACGUCCCGUAUAGAAGUGGCCAACCUGGACGGGACGCACCGCAAAGUGCUGCUGUGGCAGAACAUGGAGAAGCCCCGAGCCAUCGCGCUGCACCCCAUAGAGGGUAAGAUCUACUGGACAGACUGGGGCAACACACCUCGCAUUGAGUACUCCAACAUGGACGGCUCCAACAGGCGGGUCAUCGCAGACACACACCUGUUCUGGCCCAACGGCCUCACCAUCGACUACGCCGGCCACCGCAUGUACUGGGUGGACGCAAAGCACCACGUCAUCGAGAGGGCCGACCUGGAUGGACGCAACCGCAAGGCCGUCAUCAGCCAAGGCCUGCCCCAUCCGUUUGCCAUCACUGUGUUUGAGGACAGCCUAUACUGGACAGACUGGCACACCAAAAGCAUCAACAGUGCCAAUAAAUUCACCGGCAAGAACCAGGAGAUCAUUCGCAACAAGCUGCACUUUCCCAUGGACAUCCACACCCUGCACCCCCAGAGGCAGCCUGCAGGUGGCAGGAACCGCUGUGGCACCAACAACGGGGGCUGCAGCCACCUGUGUCUCCCCAGCAACAAGACCCACACCUGCGCCUGUCCCACCGGCUUCAAGAAGGUGGACCACUCCAACUGUGCAAGCGGUCUUGACAAGUUCCUGCUUUUUGCCCGAAGGACGGACAUCCGACGAAUCAGCUUUGAUACAGACGACAUGUCCGAUGAUGUCAUCCCUCUGGCUGACGUGCGUAAUGCCGUGGCUCUGGACUGGGACGCCAAAGACGGCUACAUCUACUGGACAGACGUCACCACAGACUCCAUCAACAGAGCGCUGUGGAACGGCACCAAGCAGGAGGUGGUGGUGGACACCAGUCUGGAGAGCCCAGCAGGUUUGGCGAUUGACUGGGUGACCCACAAGCUCUACUGGACCGAUGCUGGUACGGAUCGUAUUGAGGUAUCUAAUGCAGAUGGGAGCAUGCGGACUGUGUUGAUAUGGGAGAACCUGGACCGGCCCAGGGAUAUCGUCGUCGACCCGAUUGGAGGUUUCAUGUACUGGACCGACUGGGGGGCCAACCCAAAGAUCGAGCGUGCAGGAAUGGACGCCUCUAAUCGGACCGUCAUCAUCUCGUCUAAUCUGACGUGGCCCAACGGGCUCGCCAUCGACUACGAGACACAACGCCUGUACUGGGCCGACGCUGGCAUGAAGACCAUUGAAUUUGGCAACUUUGAUGGUUCCGAUCGACAGGUUUUGAUUGGCAGCCAGCUGCCCCACCCUUUCGGCCUCACUGUGCACGAGGACAAGCUGUACUGGACGGACUGGCAGUCAAAGAGCAUCCAGAGUGCGGACAAGCUCACCGGAUUGGGAAGACACACGCUUGCAGAAAACUUGGAGAACCUCAUGGACAUCCACAUGUUCCACAGACACCGGGAGACAGUUCGUAACCCGUGUGCGGAGAAUAAUGGAGGCUGCAGCCACCUCUGUCUCCUGGCCCCUGCUCCCAAAGCCUCCAGCUGUGCCUGUCCCACCGGCAUCAACCUGCAGACGGAUGGAAAGACUUGCACACCUGGGAUGAGCAGCUUCCUAAUCUUUGCCCGGAGGACAGACAUCAGGAUGGUCUCUUUGGACAUCCCCUACUUUGCUGAUGUGGUCCUGGCCGUCAAUAGCUCCAUGAAAAACACCAUCGCCAUCGGGGUCGACCCCAAAGAAGGAAAAGUGUAUUGGUCUGACAGCACACUGAAGAAAAUCAGCAGAUCCUACAUCAACGGAAAAUCACAAGAGGACAUCGUAUCCACAGGGUUGGUGACCACCGAUGGCCUGGCUGUGGAUGCUGUUGGGAGGAAGAUCUACUGGACGGACACAGGAACUAACCGCAUCGAGGUCGCCAACCUGGACGGCUCCAUGAGGAAAGUUCUCGUCUGGGAAAACCUGGACAGCCCUCGAGCCAUCGCCCUCUACAAUGAGAUGGGGUAUAUGUACUGGACAGACUGGGGAGAGCAUGCUAAGCUGGAGCGCUCUGGGAUGGAUGGUUCCGACCGCACUGUCCUCAUCAGCAACAACCUGGGCUGGCCCAACGGCCUGGCCAUCGACACGGCCGGCUCCCAGCUUCUGUGGGCCGACGCUCACACUGAGGCUGAGGCCCGGCCCGGGGCUGACCAGCCAAUAGCUCAGCUCACCGUGUUUGUCUGGGUUGUUGAUUUUGGCUCCGGCAUGCACGCCAUUUAUCAUCCCGCAGAAUUCAGCCUCCUCCUGUCUGAAGCGCCCACUGGGGGGCAGUAUGAUGUAAAGCAGCAGGCGGUGACCCUGCCAGCUCUCAGGAACGCCGACUCGCCUGAAGGUUCUCGCACAUCAGCCUCGCUGUAG